UCCAAGAUGGCUCCUCUGAAUGCCUCGGUCCCAUAGCAAUUUGAGGAUGCAAGUAGCUACUAAAAAACAACUUUUCCCAGGCCAUCACACCUCCUUUAACUCAAAUUGCAUGGUGCGGGUGAGCUCCUUACGCAUGUACAGACUCUAAGCAGCCGCUGCAGCGUCGUGAAACAUUCUUCAAGUCAUCAAUUUGGAGUAGUUUCGCGAAAAGCUCGCGCUGUCUGUCCGGAGAGAGGUUUAGGCAGGCAGCUCAUCCAAAUGGCCGAACCGAGAAAAGUACAAUUUGUCACCCUCUCGACCUUCGCAGCUGGAUUAGCAACGGAUUCUAGGAAACGCCGCUUGGAGGAUGCGGCCGACAUCAACUUUGAUGGAGACGGGGAGGUCGACGCGACAGCGACCGGGGCAGAUGGUGGCAGUGGUCGUUUCGGCAAAACUGGCAACAGGGACGCGACAGAAGCGAAAAAGAUUACAGUGCGAUUGGAUCUGUCUCUGUCGGAGCCCAAUGACCAGUCGUCGGUAGAGUUUAAUUACGGGGAACUCAUUAAAAAUCUCCAGGUUAAGAGCAAGCCCCCCAUCGAGCCCCCCACCCCUGUGAUCGACCCCAAUGACCCCUUCAAUGACGACGAGACGGACCGGCUGAAGAUGGAGUCAAUGGCCAAAAAGUUUGAAAACAAAUAUGGCAACACUGGGAAGAAGAGGAAGGAUCGGAUGCAGGACCUGAUCGACAUCGGCUUUGGCUACGACGAGACUGACCCCUUCAUAGACAACUCGGAGGCUUAUGACGAGCUGGUGCCAGCUUCCCUGACCACCAAGCUGGGCGGGUUCUACAUCAACACGGGUACCCUGCAGUUCAGAGCCGCCUCGGAGUCCGAAGGGGAGGAGGGGAACAAGCUGAACGACGGCACCGAGCAGGAGAUCCAGCGGCGGAAGAAGACGGCGGGAGACGUGGCCGAGGAGAGUAAACCCAGGAAGAACAGAGUGCCGAAGCAGGGGGUGAUGGCUCUGGGCCUCCACCGGCCCGAGAAGAAGAAGAGGAAGAAGCUGAUGAAGGACUCCCUGUGCCUGGCGGCCAUGAUCCGCCGCUUUAACCGCGAGAAGGACGAGAUGAGGAAGAGGAACCCCUCUGCUCAUCACACCCCGUCCUCCGCCCACCCCCACCCCCACCCCCACCUCGCCGCCAAGCCCAACCACUCGCUGGCCUCGGCCGCCGCCGCCUCGGCAAACGCCGCCCAUCUCCACGGCAACGCAGCCCCCGGCGACCUCUCGCUGGCGGACCUCACCGCCGACCCGGCCGUGAUGUCCCUGCUGGGCUCGGCCAAUGAGAAGGAGCUGCAGGACCUCCUGGGAGACCUGGACUUCGGCCUCCUGGACGCCGCUCCGCAGCACGCCGGGGCCAGGGAGAACGGCCUCAUUGGAGUCGGCGGCUCCAAGGCUCCGGGGGCCGGGGGAGGAGGCCUGGGGGCGGGCCCGGGGCGGGGGCUGAGCGGCGGGGGGGGCGUGUUCUCUCCGCCCCCGCUACCUGAAGGACUUCCUGCGCCGCUCAUCAAACGCAUCGAGGACCUCAGAGGGGCUUCUCGUCAGUUCGACCAGGAGGGCAGGAAGAAGUUCUUCACGCUGGACAUGAACAACAUCCUGCUUGACAUUGAGCUCCAGGUGCAGGAGCAGCCUCCCGAGGUGCGCUCCGCCAUCUAUUCCCACAUGGAGGCCUUUGUUCCCUGCAACAAGGAGGCCCUGCUGAAGCGUCUGAAGAAGCUCACGCUCAACAUACAGGACGACCGCCUGCGGACGCCACUGCUCAAGCUGAAGCUGGCCGUGUGCAGCGUGAUGCCGGAGCAGAUCGCCAGAUACAACAUGGACUGCAUGGCCAAGGUUGCCAAGCAGCAGUCUGAGGAGGUGGAGAGGAACGGAUCCGAGGACGAGGACGAGGAGAAGCCUGGCAAGAGGGUGAUGGGACCCCGCAAGAAGUUCAUCUGGGAAGACAAGCUCAGGAACCUUCUUUGCAGCCUGGUGCGUGUGAAGCUAAGCUGCUACGAGCUGGAGAAGCCUUCCCAGCUCUCUGUAGAGGACUACCUCAAGGCCUUCAUGGAGAACGAGGUCAAACCACUGUGGCCUAAGGGCUGGAUGCAGGCCAGGAUUCUGUUGAAGGAGAGCCGUACGGUGCACAGUCACCUCACUGGAAACCUAGUGAAGAGGAGAGUGCUGUCAGGGCCCAGGGCCAAAGCCAAGGAGGGCCUUUGGAUCCAGAACCCCGCCUUCCCCAUGACCUCCGCCCCGGGGGCCUCCACCUCGCUGACCCCCCCCGCCGGCCGCCGGCCGCCCAUGCCCUCCUCGGCCGAGCCCAUCUGCCUGUCGGACUCCCUGGACGAGGACCUGUCGGCGCCCACCCUGGACUCCAUCUCCCACGCGCUGGCCCUGCUGGGCGGCGCCUCCAAGGGCCUGCUGGGGCCCCUGCAGCUCCCCGCCUCCUCCUACCUCCCCUUCUCCUCCUCCGCCGCCGCCGCCGCCGCCGCCGCGCCGCAACAUUCCCUGGUCAAGAUGGAGUCGGCCGCGCCGGUCGGCGGCCCCUCCUCCUCCGCCGCCGCCGCCCACAACCCUUCCUCCUCCUCGUCUACCUCCUCCUCUGGCUCCUCCCCCUCGGCCUCGGCUCUGGGCCGGCUGCAGGGGGGCGGGGCCUCGCUGCCGCCCAAGCCCGGCGACGGCUCCUACGGCGCCAUGAAGCUACCCUCGGGGGCCCCCGGCCAGGGCCAGCACCAGAGGCUCGUCACCGUGGCGACCGCGGCGCACAGCAGGCCCAGUGUGAUGAUGGGCGGCGUCAACAAGCUCCACCCCCAGCCCUCCCCCUCCCCUCCUAAACAGCGGCCCCCGCCCACCUCGUCCCCCCUCCUGCCCCCGCACCAGAAGGGCUACUCGGGCCCCGCAGGACCCCUCGGCGGGGCCCAGGGCAUGGCCAAAAGCGGCGCCAAACCCCCCGCUGUCAGCAGCAGUAGCAACGGGGGCUCCAUGGGCGGCGGCGGCAUGCUCCCCCCGCCCCGCUCCAGCCCCCUCUCCCUCCCCCGGCCCACCCUGCAGUCCUACUGCCCCGCGGUCUCCUCGGCCUCCUCCGCCCACCCCCCCAGCCCCUCACUCUCCUCCCACUCUGCCCUCGCCAAGCCCCACCCCCACCCCCACCCCCACCCCCAGCCCCAGCACCACCAGUCCAACUUCAUCACCCCCAUGCAGGCCACGCUCACCAAGUCCUCCCACAGCAGCACCUCCUCCUCCAUCAUCAAGCUCACCCCCCGGCCGCCGGGGCCCAGCCCGGCCCCCCCCCCUUCCUCCUCCUCCUCCUCCUCCUCCCUCUCCCUCUCCCUCUCCCAGCCGCAGAUCCUCUCCGCCCAGCAGCACCAGUUCUCCCAGAAAGCUCAGGGAUUCCGCCCCCCCUACUGCCUCCCAGCGGGGGUCCAGGCGAAGCUGGGCCAGGCGAGCUACAGCUUUGCCGGGGGCCAGAAGACCCAGGCGAUCAGCGUUAGCGGCGGUAGCAUCACCACCGCUAGCCCCAGCAACAAGAUCAACAACAAUAACAGCAUGGUAGCUAUGACGGCCGGCUCCAUCCGCCCCGGCAACAGCCCCUCCCCGUCGUCGUCGUCGUCGUCUUCUUCGGUUUCGGCCAAUCACGGACAGCGGCAGAGGACUGGGGGCGGGGCCGGCCAGGGCUCCAAGGCAGGAAAUGGACGGGUCGUUUCUGGAACACCCAGCCCCUCCCACUUGGCCCAGGUGUCGUCGGUGGCUGGUGGCGGCCUGGUGGGCAGCCCCCCCACGCUGCCCCUGGGGUACGGCAUGCUGGGAGGACUGGUCCCAGUGUCGCUGCCCUUCCAGUUCCCCUCUCUGCUCAACUUCAGUGCCCCACCCGGCGUGCCCGGGGGCCUGGGCGGGGCCCCCAACUCAGGAUUCUCCCUCACACAGAACGAGCUGCUGGAACUGUAUAAGUCUCUCCAGUCCGGCUCACAGGCUGCUCUCCCUCCACACUUGCAACUUGCUUUCUCAGAUGCGAACCAAAACCAGGCGAGCGACAUGAAGAGGAAGUCCCACUGACCACUCGUCCACACCGGAUCCAGCCCCCUGCUGGUAGACAUCACAGGUGUCCACCAAUGGGAGCCGGCCCUCCGCUGGGUGACAUCACAGGUGUCCACCAAUGGGAGCCGGCCAGCCGCUGGGUGACAUCACAGGUGUCCACCAAUGGGAGCCGGCCAGCCGCUGGGAUGGACUGGUUUAUCUAGUUGUACACUGACCCUUCAUCUUGGACCUAGGAGCAAGCAUCGGUAUAAUCUCACUAUCAAGGACAAUGAUGGACAAGACCUAAUUUAAGCCUUUUUUUUAUUUUGUUAUGUUUAUCCAGUAGAGCGGCAAGAAAGAAACUAAUAAUUUGAAAAGAAAAAAAGGUCUUGUUCAGCCUUUUUUUUUUUUUUUUUUUUUUUGUCGACAUGUUUACAUAUGAAUCGACCUUGAUCACUGUGGCAUAAGAUUGUGAGCUAGGCGGCAGACUAGUCGUACGCUACGUAAUAUUACUUGUAUUUAAGCUUCUGUGGAAUUACGGGAUUCUUUAUGUUCUUGCAGUAAAAGACAAAAAAAUGAAAUGGAGAAAAAAUAGACGGUUGUUUUUUUUCCCCCUCAUGUCCCUGAUGUGGAGCAAACUGUUUAAGUUUGUAGAAAUGUACUGUUGGAUGUCACUUCUGCUCCUACAAAUGACUGUUAAGUUGUUAUAUGAUCUUAUAUAUUAAUAUUAUUGAUAAAUUAUUUGUAAUUUACACAGGGACAUAAUAUGUGUGUUUAUGUGAGCGCGUUUGUGUGUGUGAGUGAGAUCAAAGUGUGUGUGUGCGUGUGUGUGUGUGUGUGUACACAAGAGAUAGAUUUGUGUGUUUGUGUACAUAUAGGCAAUAUUAUGUAUUUUCUUUUUAUGGGAGUGGGUGAGAAAGUGUAUCCCCUCUCGCUAUGGGCGAGUCUGGCCUGGGCCUGGCUCCCUUGCGCCCCCGGUGCUGUUAGUCACACUGGACCCUUCCUGGACACAACCAAGACUUGAAUAGAAACGUAGAACCCUGAUUUGGACAGAUGGGCUCGAGUAUUAGGCUGGUAUUUUUAGUGUACUUGAAUUUUCUUUUUUUUGGGGGGGGGUUGGGUUGGGGUGCGUAAUGUAUGAUCUUUUUGUUCUCUGCUAAUCAAGUUAAUCUUCUCAAAUGUCAAUGUAACACGACGCCUUAGUUUGUUCAAAUGGUAAACCGUUCAAAUACUAUGCAGGACUGUAAAACGCUCCUCAAUGCAAAAGUGCAAGUUGUUGCCUGGCUUUCAACCUCUCUACUCAACUGUCAGUGUGUUUCUGGGAGUCGUCUGUUCCCACGAGACUCCUCACGCCACCGCUAAAUACCUCUGUUAACUAACCUGUUCUUCCUGCGUCCAUUUCUUACCACACCUGCGUUUUUUUGGAUUACCUUUUUAUUCUUUCAAGGAAAAUUUGGAAAUUUCGAGGUCAGAAAGUAAAACAGUCUGUUUGCCUGUUCUCCUUGACAGUUUGUGUGUUUGUUGUACUAAUGUUCUAAUAAGGAAGUCUGUAUAGUUGACUGUAAACACCGGGAGGACUUUUACUUUGUGAACCCGAAAGCUCCCCUAAGUAGUUGACUCCGUUCCACUGCGGGACUUUUUUCCACUCCACAUUAAAAGUGUGUGGUUGACUGACUAACUACUAAGAAUGGCGCCAAAGAUUGUUCCCUUGCUAGUUUGAAUGAAGGGUGUGUCAUGGUCAGCUGUGUGUAUGUCUGUAUGUGUGUGUACUUAAUUUAACGUUGUCAAAAUGUAGCCAAUGAGUGUUAUUGUCUGGUCGGGUCAGGUUGUCAUGAGCGGUUUUAUUGGAGCAGCGGGUGACGUCCUUUGUUUUGGGGGGAGGGGGGGAUUUCACAGUAACUUAAUUUGGUAUUUUUGUAGAUUAUUUUUUGUGUGUCAAUUAUUAAAUUAAAAGAAAAACGGGUGUUUUUUAAUUGGAAAGAAUUUACUUCAGUGAUAUUUGCAUAUUUUGGUCAUUUCUUGUCUAGGCGAGUUUAUUAGCCAAACUUCAAACUGAACAGAGGUUACCAAAGAAACAUUCGGUAAUGUUAGAUUAAUACCAUCCUAAGGUUGAUUACUCAAUCCCCUCUGUUCUGUAGGUCUAAUGAGGGCAUAUAUUUAUUAUGGGUGUGCAUCUCUCCUUUAUAGGACGAAUAAUUUUCGAAAAAUCGGAUCGCUCUAAAAAUAUAUGUAUUUCGACCAACCAGAUGACUCAAAAUAUAUUUGACUUAUCGGUUCACUAAAAAAUAUAUAUUUAUACAUUAGCCCAUGCAAUUUUUUUCAAGGGAUCUGAUUGGUCAAAAAACCUUUUGUUUUCAACCAAUUAGAUCGCUCGAAAUAUAUAUAUUCUUUCAACCAAUUCGGCCAGUAUUGAUGUAGUCGCAUCUUUGUUAAUCCAACCGCUUACCGAUUUGUAUCGGUGAAUCGUUACACCAGCCGUAUUUAUAUGUGGGUGCCCGGUUCUCAUACGGUCUACGGCAAGAGAUCUUUUGAUAAAACAGAAGUUAUGAACAGUUGAAGUAAAUUCAUGAAUUUGGUUCUAGACUAGGGUAUGCUCUUCCUACAGGUUUCUCCUGAGCCAGUAGGGAAUCGGAUUCAGUCCAAGGCGGAUGAACGUAAAAGACUUCACAACAAAGCGUGUAUGUUUUGAAGAUUAGUAAGAAUCAGACCAUGGAACCAUUUUGCCAAUAAAAUCCUUAAGGAUUCCUAGGACCAAAUGAAGAAAAAACACUGGCUACAAUGAAUAUGCUUUAUUUUCCUUAAAAAACGCCAUCUAGAAAUACAGGAAUACAAGAAAUAAUAUAGGGUACGGGGUGCUGUCAAAUGUAUUUGUAGUGAAUUGUAAAUCUAAAGAAAAUAAUAAAAUCAAAACAAGUUAACUACUUACUAGAUGUUAAAGCUUGAAACCAACACAUGCAGGGCUCAUUUCCCCAACGCAAUUAUUAUCUCCCCCUGCCUCAGUGAGUUAACGGGGAGGGGUGUUAAGUGCCAACAUAGAGAUAAUGAACGCAUCAGGCCCACAAUGGCAUUGAUAUAAUACUGAGUUUUCUGAGAGCUCACCCUGCCCAGCAUAGGUAGCACUGGCUAUGAUAUGGCCGACCACUAACACGCAAUAAAAACAGCAACCAAAGGGUAGUAGUAUACAAGGUUUCAUUAGCUCGUUGGUACAUCCCGUUGGGGGCCGUGAUGACCACAGGUCCCUUCCCCUGCUCGCUGAUGCCCUCGCUCAGUGUCUGAAGGCACUUCCUGAGGCCACCUACCCACCGUCAUCCCAGUGUUGCUGCAGUGCCAAUGCUUCAUA